UGGAACAAUUAAGUCAAAAAUAUCAGUAAUCAUUUAAAGGAAAAAAAAUCUCGCGUCGCCGCCGUCUAAGGCGGAGAUCCGAUCAGCAACCCCAAAUAAUGGCGCAUUCAUGCAUCUCUUCCUCUCUCAGAUUCAGUUCCUCUUCAGUUUCUUUCUCUUCCCCUACCCUUAAUUCCUCUCCACCCUCCUCCAGAACUUUCUUCCUCCCUUUUCAAUCUCUUCGUUCAAGUAGAAAAUUAGGAAAGUCCAAGCUCAAGAGUUCUUCAGUGAGAGCUGUCUACUCUCCUGAGUUUUAUGCUCGGGAAAGGAGCUCACGACAGGGUAUUUGGUCAGUUAGGGACGAUUUGCAGGUUCCUUCAUCACCAUACUUCCCAUCUUAUGCACAAGGGGGGCAAGGGCCGCCUCCGAUGGUGCAAGAGCGUUUCAUGAGUGUCAUCAGCCAGCUUUUUCAAUAUAGGAUAAUACGUUGUGGUGGAGCAGUUGAUGAUGAUAUGGCAAACAUUAUUGUGGCUCAGUUACUCUAUCUCGAUGCUGUUGAUCCUACUAAGGAUAUAGUCAUGUAUGUGAAUUCUCCAGGAGGAUCAGUUACAGCUGGUAUGGCAGUAUUUGACACAAUGAGGCAUAUUAGACCAGAUGUUUCCACUGUAUGUGUUGGACUAGCGGCCAGCAUGGGAGCUUUUCUACUAAGUGCGGGUACUAGAGGAAAAAGGUAUAGCCUUCCAAACUCGAGGAUAAUGAUCCAUCAGCCUCUUGGUGGAGCACAAGGUGGACAGACUGAUAUAGAUAUUCAGGCUAAUGAAAUGCUGCAUCACAAAGCAAAUCUGAAUGGUUACUUGGCCUACCACACUGGUCAAAGCCUCGAGAAGAUUAACCAAGACACAGACCGUGAUUUCUUCAUGAGUGCUAAAGAGGCCAAAGAAUAUGGACUUAUAGAUGGUGUUAUCCUUAAUCCACUGAAAGCCCUCCAGCCGUUGGCAGCUGCUUGAGAUCUACAACAAUGAUACUCUGUGAAACUCCACUUUUCUGAUGGCGUAAUACUGAAAAUGCGGUUGGAAUCAUCAUGUUUUGCGCUAUUCAGGUUAAUUGCUAGUUUCCUUUAAUUUAAGCCUUUUCAAGGCUUGACAUGUAGAAUAGAUUUGAAGAUACUGGCAAUCAUUUUAUUAAGUGAGUUUAGAUUUUCUUCGCUAUGAUUUAUAGUUCAGUCACAUGUUUUAUAAGAAAUGAACUUGUUUGAUUAUAAUGCUCGUAGACAAUACUAUGGAUGGUUCAGUACA